AUGACACGCUUCCGCCCCUGCAUCGACCUCCACGCCGGCAGCGUCAAGCAAAUCGUCGGCGGCACCCUCUCCCCCAGCACCCCGUCCACCCUCCGCACAAACCACAUCUCCCCGCACCCAGCCCGCCACUUCGCCCAGCUCUACAAAGCCCACGACCUCCGCGGCGCACACAUCAUCAUGCUCGGCCCCGGCAACGAAGCCGCCGCGCGGGAAGCCCUCGAUACAUGGCCCGGCGGCCUGCAAGUCGGCGGCGGGAUCAACGACGGGAAUGCUGCAUCGUGGAUUGCGUGGGGCGCCGAGAAGGUAAUCCUAACCUCACACCUCUUCCCCAACGGCACCUUCUCGCAAGCCCGCCUCGACAGCGUGCUCCGCGCGCUCGACAACGACACGCACAAGCUCGUCAUCGACCUGAGCUGCCGCCGACGCGGCUCAACCUGGUUCGUCGCGACGGAUAAGUGGCAGACUGUCACGGACAUGGAACUUAAUCAAGAAACAAUAUCCCACCUCCAACCGCACUGCUCCGAAUUCCUCAUCCACGCCGCGGACAACGAAGGCCUGCAGUCGGGCAUCGACAGCGCUCUUGUCCAGAAGCUCGCCCGCUGGUGCGAUAUACCCGUCACGUAUGCCGGCGGUGGGCGCAGUAUCGCGGAUCUGGAGCUUGUCAGGACGCUGAGCGGCGGCAAGGUGGACUUGACGAUUGGGAGUGCGCUGGAUGUGUUUGGUGGGGCCGGGGUGCGGUUUGAGGAGUGUGUGAGGUGGAAUGCUAGGGAGGAUGGGGGGGAGGGUGAGGAUAGGGGGGAGGAUAGGGGGGAGGAUGGUGAGGGUGAGAAGGAGGGAUGA